AACGCCAGCUUAGAUCAACAGCUAGCUCAGAUGCGGGCUCAGCUGGCAGCUUUAGCUCAGCUGCCGGAAGUUAUCCAGCAGUCUUUGGAGCUGGUCUCCAAGCAGCUUAGCAAGAUCAGCCAUCAGGAGGCGCACGUGGAAGUUACCCAAGAGUCUCAAAACUACCAACAAGCUGAAGAAACCCACGAAAUGCAGACCAUUCAAGAAGUGAAUGAAUCUGAGGCCAACGAAACACAAAACGAAGCGCAGAAGAUGACGAUCGAAGAAGUAAGAGAGAAUAAUGUGGAGCAACAACAACAACAACAACAGAUGCAACAAGAAAGCAUGAGAAUGACUGAGGAAGAGAUUAGGAAUGAAAAGCAGAGAAAGGAACAAGAAAGAAUAGAACACGAAUCAAGGAUGGUCAAGCAACACCCAACUCCCCGAUCUGCUAAACCGAAGAGAGUCUUUGGACCCCUCGACCCUGAAGAGCGGAUGGCAGUGGUGCUCCCUGGUGGCAGAAGAUGGAAGAAUUCGAAGGACGUUUACGACGAGCAAAUGAUUAAGGAAAUGUUUGAACAGCAUUCAGAAGUUAUUAAGGGGAAUGCUAUUGGGAUAAACUUCAUGAAAUACGAAAAGCCGCCCGUCUCACUGGACCAUCUGAAACACUCGGAGGUGUACAAGCUAGUCCACGACAUGGACACGACGCCGCCCAGGAAAGUUGAGAUGAGAACCCCUGUGAUGUCUGAAGCUGAUUAUAGAGAGAGAUGCCGCUCGAUGACGCCCAAUGUUGAGAAGAAACAUUUACAAAUACCCCAACAGUUCCAUCCUUAAUUUGUAUAUAAAACAACAUUUAAAACAAUCAAUCAAGUUUA